GCUCCUCCCUCUUUCGCGAGUGCAAACCCUAAUUCCCUCCUUUCGGCGACCAUUUCUUCUCUUCCAACCACAAUAUUGAGCACCAAUAGGGAUUACAAGAUUCUUACUCACCUUAAUUACUCACUUCAAAAAGGUAUGAAGAGAAAAAGACUAAUAAAGAAGUAUCAAAGUCCUAAAACAUCCCUCAAAGAUGUUGAAGAUGCUAAAAUAGUGUCAUCUCCUAAUACAAGAGAAAAUGAUCAUAUCUCAAAUGUUGAAAAUGGUAUUAAAAGGAGAAGGCUUGUACAAUUUGAAGAGGAAGAAGAUGAACAUAUUGAACCGAAUGUUGUAUAUGCUAAAGAAAAUGUUCAUCUUUCAAAUGAUGAAAAUGUUAUCUUGGCACGAGAAAAAAGACAUCUUCCAAGUCAUUUUAGGUCAACAUCUUCUAAAGGCACGAGUCAACAAGAGCAUAUACCUCAAAGUUCAUCCAUUCAAAAUGAAGUUCAUAGUCAUAGCCUAUCAGAUGCUGAUUUUCUUAAUAAUGAAGAGGUAAAUGGAGUUGCUAUUUCUAGAAAGAAGUGGAACACCACAUGGUUUGUUAUUGUUGUAGAUGAACAAGGGGUUGAAAAGAGUAUGCAUCUUAAGGUAAAAGAUGCAUUUUCCCUUCAUCAUAGUAGGAAACGAGUUCUUAUAGAAUGGAAUGGAAGUGGUCAGUCAAUUGGAGAAUCCGGUGGACUCUUGGGAGGUGUUUUGGGGCUCAUUGCAAGUAAUUUUAAUAAUUUUCCUAUAAUGUACAAAACUUGGCAUAAGGUUCCAAUGCAAUACAAAGAUGCUGUUUUUGAGAAUACUAUUAAGAAAAUAUUUGUUGUUAUUGAUGAUGAACACAAAAGGUAUAUCUUGUCAAAUCUUGGAAAUAAGUGGAAGAAUAAUAGAUGCAAGCUAUUCAAUGAGCAUUAUAAAUUGGAACUUAGUUGGGAUGCAAAUGUUAAUUUGAAUCCAAUUGGAAUUCCCAAAGAUCAUUGGGCUGCAUUUUUGGAAUAUAGAUUGAGUCCAAAAACUCAAGAAUUGUGUGAAAAGAAUGCUACAAAUCGGCAACAAUUAAAAAUUCCUCACACUCUUGGCUCAAAAACACUUGCUAGGAAACGCCAUGAACUUGUACAUUUGUUUACUUUCUUAGUAUUUUUGUUUUCUUAAUUUUUUGUGUUAGUUAUAUUUUAAUUUGACCAAUCUUUUAAUAAUGU